AUGGAGAAAGAAGAAAAUACAACGUACAUCAACAAACGAAGGUCUUCCGACUCGGCUUCCACCAUUGCCCCUGUUCAGUCCGGUGUAUUCACCGGUCACGAAAGCAGCUUUGGUGAGCCGAACGCUAAUGCAGUCAAUAUCGAAGCUGCGUUUCACGAAUUCGAAGAUCUUAAACGUGAAUUAACCCACAUCAGUCGCAAAACCACCAAUCCAAGCCGUCUUGAAAAUGGCGACACGGACGAGUUCAAUCUUAAAGAGUUUUUGCACGAUCUUUCCAAGAGUCGUGAUGCGGCGGGACACACACCUAAACAUCUGGGAGUUAUUUGGAAAAAUCUGACAGUCGAGGGCCUCGGAGCCGAUGCAUACACCAUCCCCACGGUGCUCAGCGACACCCUCAAGGUUCUUCAAUUCUGGCGCUAUCUUGGUCUCGGUGGCAAAUCAAGAAGCAAAAAGACCAUUCUUCGUGAUCUUAGCGGUUUUGUCAAAGAAGGCGAAAUGUUGCUUGUCCUUGGCCGUCCCGGAGCGGGGUGUACAAGUCUUCUUAAAGUUAUCUCGAAUCUGCGCGGAUCAUUUACCAAUGUCGCAGGUACUGUAAGCUACGGUGGCAUUGAUCAUGCUACCUUUGCCAAACGGUACCAGGGUCAAGUAUGCUACAAUGGCGAAGAAGACCAACACUAUCCCACAUUGACCACCAAGCAAACUUUGCAAUUCGCUUUACGCACCAAAACCCCCGGAGCUCGAUUGCCCAACGAAUCCAAGAAGGAGUUUGUCAACCGUGUACUGUUCACGCUCGGUAACAUGCUGGGCUUGACCAAGCAAAUGAAUACCUUGGUCGGAAAUGCGUUUGUCCGUGGUCUCUCGGGUGGCGAAAGAAAACGCCUUUCAAUCGCCGAACAAAUGACUACCGAAAGUACCAUCAACUGCUGGGAUUGCUCCACGCGAGGUCUCGACGCCGCCUCCGCUUUGGACUAUGUUCGCUCGCUGCGCAUCAUGACCGAUAUUUUCCAAAAGACUACCAUUGCCACCUUAUACCAAGCAUCCAACAGUAUUUUUGACCUGUUUGACAAGGUGCUCUUGCUCGACGAUGGUUACUGCAUGUACUUUGGUCCCGUUGAUGCCGCCAAAGAAUAUUUUGAAUCCAUGGGCUUCUACUCUCCUCCUCGCAAAUCCGUGCCUGAUUUUCUCACCGGCCUUUCCAAUCCUCUUGAACGAGAAGCCAAACCAGGUUUCGAACACCGCGUGCCUCAAACCGCGGCGGAAUUCCAAGAACGCUACUUGGCCUCAGCCAUCCACACCCAGAUGAUGGAACAGCUGGACGCCUACGAACGAGAAUUGGAACGCGAACAACACGCUAACAUCUUCCGAAAAGCUAUGGACGAAGAACAUCAGAAACGCGCAUCCAACAAAUCCCCUUACACCGCAUCCUUUUAUCAGCAAGUCAAAGCACUCACUAUCCGCCAGUACCAUCUCCUCAUCAAAGAUAAAGAAGCCCUUGUUUCCCGCUACGGUACCAUUAUCGUCCAAUCCUUGAUCAUGGCCUCCUGCUUUUACAAAAUGCCUCAUGAUGGCACUGGAGCCAUGGCUCGCGGUGGUGCUAUUUUCUUUGUCAUUCUAUUCAACACCCUGGUAUCUCAAACGGAGCUCAUCAGCUUUAUGAUGGGAAGACCGAUUCUGGACAAGCAUAAGCAAUACGCACUGUAUCGGCCAUCGGCUUUCUAUCUGGCGCAGGUUAUUAUGGAUAUCCCCUAUGCUGUCGUGCAAGUCAUUAUCUUCGAACUGUUGGCUUAUUUCAUGAUGGGUUUUAACCUGGAUGCUGGUCGAUUCUUCACCUUCUUUAUUGUGAUCGUCUUCGCCAAUUUGGCAUUCAAUGGCUUUUUCCGUGUCUUUGGUGCCAUGACCAACAGUUUCUUUAUUGCUUCCCAGGUCUCGGGCGUUUGCAGUAUUGCCGUCUACACCUACUGUGGCUACUUUAUCACCGAACCUUUCAUGCAUCCGUGGCUCUCUUGGAUCUAUUAUUUAAGCCCGGCUGCUUACGGCGUGAAAGCGGUCAUUUCCAAUGAAAUGAAAGGUCAAAUUUACACCUGCGAAGGUCCUGGUAACUCGGUACCUUAUGGUCCAGGCUAUGACGAUUGGCAGUACAAGGUUUGCACCAUGAAGGGUGGUCGUGCUGGAGAAAACUUUGUCCUUGGCGACAACUAUCUCCGCGAAGCCCUGAACUUUGAACCUUCAGAUAUCUGGGCUCCUGAUUUCCUGGCAAUUGUUGCCUUCUUCCUUGGAUUCACAAUCAUCAUUGCCUUAGCCAUGGAAUUUUUCGGCGGCGCCACCGGGGGUGGAUCGCUCACCAAGCUGUACAAGCCCGGCAAAGCCCCUAAACUUGCCACAACCCCUGAAGAAGAAGCCGAAAGACGUCGUCAGCAAGCCGAAGCCACCCAGGAAAUGGAUGCCAUUGCUACCGGCACCACCUUUUCUUGGCAUCACAUUGAUUAUACUGUCCCCAUCAAGGGUGGCCAAAUCCAGUUACUGAACGAUAUCAGCGGUAUUGUCAAACCCGGUCAUCUCACCGCCCUCAUGGGCUCCUCUGGAGCCGGCAAAACUACCUUACUGGAUGUCUUGGCCCGUCGAAAGACAUUGGGCAAAGUCGAAGGAAAUGUGUACCUGAACAGCGAAGCCCUCAUGAACGACUUUGAACGUAUCACUGGUUAUUGCGAACAAAUGGAUGUCCAUCAGUCCGCUGUCACAGUGAGAGAAAGUCUGCGGUUCUCGGCCUACCUUCGGCAACCUGCCGAGGUGUCCACGGAAGAAAAGAACGCCUACGUCGAAAAAAUCAUCCACCUUUUAGAAAUGGAAGAUAUCGCCGACGCUCAAAUCGGUGAUCCUGACUCUGGCUUCGGUAUCUCUGUGGAAGAACGCAAACGCCUGACUAUCGGUGUGGAACUCGUAGGCAAGCCUCAACUUUUAUUCUUGGACGAACCUACCUCCGGAUUGGACGCUCAGAGUUCGUACAACAUCAUCCGAUUUAUCCGCAAACUGGCCGAUGCAGGUUGGCCCGUGUUGUGUACCAUCCAUCAACCUUCGGCAAUCCUGUUUGAUUAUUUUGACCACCUGUUGCUUCUCGUACGCGGAGGUCGCACCGCUUAUUACGGCGAAAUCGGAAAGGAUGCACGUACGAUGAUCAACUAUUUCGAAUCCCACGGUGGUCCUCUUUGCUCACCCGAAGCGAACCCGGCCGAAUACAUUCUGGAAGUCGUCGGUGCCGGUACCGCGGCCAAAUCGACCCUUAACUGGGCCGACAUUUGGGCUAAUUCCGAUGAAGCCAAGGCUUUGGAACAAGAACUCGAUCAGAUUCAUCAGAACGCGGUGCAGCAACCGACACGCAAAGCAUUGACGUAUGCCACUUCGUUGGGUACCCAAUUAUGGCUCGUUCACAAGCGCAUGGCUCUGGCUUACUGGCGUUCGCCUGACUACAACAUUGGUCGAUUUAUUACGUGUAUGGCCAUCUCCUUGCUCACAGGUUUCACCUACUGGAAAAUGUCCAUGACUUCUUCCGACAUGAUGAACCGUAUCUUUGCCCUAUACAUCUCCUUCAUCAUGGCCUAUAUCCUGAUCGUCGUGGCUCAACCGAAAUUCAUGUCGGAACGCUUGUACUUCCGUCGCGAAUACGCUUCCCGUUACUAUGGAUGGAUCCCGUUUUCUUUGUCGAUUAUCUUGGUGGAAACGCCGUACAUCAUCUUCUUGUCGGCCUUUUACAUGUUUGGCUUUUACUGGACGGCCGGCCUAAAGACCACGAGCUUGGCCAUGGGCUACUUUUACUUGAUGCAGACUCUGUUUGUAUUCUGGUCCGUCACCCUGGGCUUUGUCAUUGCUUCCAUUUCCGAGAAUCCGACGGUGGCUGCCGUGUUGAAUCCCUUGAUCGUCUGUAUCCUUGUCUUGUUCACAGGCUUGAUGCAAACGGUGACGGCCAUGCCCCAUUUCUGGAGUUCGUGGAUGUACUGGCUAGAUCCUUUCCAUUACUAUGUUGAAGGUCUGGUGGUAAAUGAAUUAUCAGGACUCAAGGUCUCUUGCAACGAUAAGGACAUGGUGAAAUUCUUGCCUCCACCGAAUAUGUCGUGUGGUGACUAUCUCAAGCCCUUCUUUGAACAUGCCACGGGUUAUCUUGCCAAUCCCAAUGCUACGCAACCCGAGUAUUGCAACUAUUGUGCUUUUUCGACCGGUGAUGAGUAUCUCAAGACGUUCUCCUGGGAUGUGGCCAACCAGUGGCGCAAUAUCGGCAUCAUCAUUGCAUUCUUCAUUUUCAACGUCUUUGUCUUCCUCGCCAUGGUGUACUGGAAGAGAAAGCCUCGCAGAUAA